UUUAUUGCAAAGCUUAAAUUUAAUUGUCAAAUAUUUAAAAGUUUUCAACGGCUGUGUUUUGAAAGUUAUUUGUGAAAAAAUGCAAUAUUGCCUAGAAUGUCGUAAAUAAUUUAUUCCAAAGUGUAUUUAAUUAUACGUAUAGUUGUAUUUGAAUGUGUAAACCAGUGAUCAAAAUGAGUGGCAAUACGGAAUCCACGUCCAACAGUAUAAAAUUUGCGCCUGUUCCCAUGGCUGCGCUUCUUGCCAAUUUGAUGCCGUUACAGAAGCAAUCGGACACUCCUGAGUCUAGUUUUUGUUAUUCCGACGAUAGUGAUGAUUCUACAAGUGACACAGUGGCUAAAAAACCGACCGCAGCGCCAACAGUCAACAGGGACUUUCUUACACCUGUCGUGAAAUCUCAACCCAAAAAUAACAAACCGUUCAUUUCUGAGAAGAAAUUGACUUCAAUAAAUGACGACAAAGAGAACUGUAAUGCUAAUUGGUCGUCCUGCUUGACGUAUCCUAACAAAGAUAGCCGGAUAUCGCAGAGCGCUAUCAAAAGCUUGCCACACCCGAGUUCAGAGGUGAAACGACGGAACGCACUAACGCCUCACGACAACAAUGCUAAAAACGUUAUCAGUGGGCCCAAAAAGACGCCGGAGAUGGCUAAAACGCAGAGCAGUGCGCAGAAGACGAAGUCCUCGACACCUUUGAUAAAACCUGGUAUAAGGAGGUUCACGCCAGGCUCGGCGCGGAAAAGUAACAAGAAGACACCGCAGAAGAGCGCGAGCCAGAACAGAGACAAGGUGCGGUGUGAGCUGUUCACGCAGAAACAGAAAGAAGAGGUUCGGUGUCCCCCUCCACAGACUGUUAGUGCUCCAGUUCCUGAGACGCCCAUGAACAGGAAAGCUAUGCCGGCGUCAUACGCCGCAACGCCAUCGUACCCGCAGGGUGUUGUGGGGAACAGCUCUAAGAUAUUGUUCAAGACUUUAAGCAUUAAAGACAAGAAGUACAUGUUUAUUAAGAAACUAGGCACCGGUGGCUCUAGUGAAGUUUAUAAGGUUUUGGAAGUAGGCAGUUCCUGGUAUGCUGUGAAGUGUGUGAACCUUGCUACUGACCAGGAGUUGGCACAGGGCUACAUCAACGAAGUGCGCCUGCUCCGCGAGCUGCAGAACUCAGACAGGGUCAUCAGGCUUUAUGACUAUGAAUACGAGCGCACGAAUCAGUUCUUGCGUAUGGUGCUGGAGGUGGGCGAGACGGACCUGUCAUCCUUCCUAAAGGCGCGCGGCGCCGGACUGCCGCCCGCGCUUGUGCUGCACUACUGGGAGGAGAUGCUGCACGCCGUGCAUUAUAUACACGAACAUGGUGUAAUCCAUGCGGAUCUGAAACCAGCGAACUUUCUUCUGGUGGCGGGGCGGCUGAAGCUCAUAGACUUCGGCAUUGCGUCCGCGAUCAGCGGCGACGCGACGAGCGUGGUGCGCGCGCAGGCGACGGGCACGUACUCCUACAUCAGCCCUGAGGCGCUCAUGGGCGGCGCCGGCGGCUACGGCGUCUCCGCUGCUGACGGCACGGCGCCUAUUAAGAUCUCGUUCCGUUCGGAUGUGUGGUCAUUGGGCUGCAUCCUGUACAGCAUGGUGUAUGGGCGCACGCCCUUCGGCCACAUACCCAACCUGGCAAAGCUGGCCGCCAUACUUGACCCUAACCAUCGAAUCGAUUACCCGCCCGUGGAGCACCUCCCUCCGUCACUGAUCGCGGUGCUGAAGUGGUGUCUGACAUAUAACGCGCGGGCGCGGCCGUCGGUGCGCGAGCUGCUGUCGGUGCCGUACCUGCAGCCGCCGCGCGCGCCGCUCCCCACCGCGCUGCUCGACAAGCUGCAGCCACUCGUCACGCCGCAGGAGUUCCGCUUGCUCCAGCGUGCACAAGUCUAGUGCUCAACCAGUGUUGAACAGUUCCGAAUCUUCUACAAGUGAUAAUCAAGUGUGAUUAACAAAGGUGAUGUCUUUUUGUUAAAGCAAGACUCUUAUGUUGGGUCUCAUUAUUUUGUAAUGUUCUGCCAAGCAGCAGUGGUAUGAAGACUGAAGCGUUACAACUUGAAAUGUAUUAAAGCUAGUGUAAUUACUUGAAUUUAUGAAACUUAACAUCUGGAAUCGCCUUAAAAGUAAUUAACAUGUUAUCUUGUCCUGCAAUGAAGUUUUCUCUCCUAAAUAAAAUGUUGACCAAAUUGUACUUAUAGUUGUGGUACAGCAUUAGGUGAAGGUUAUUGUAAUUUGUUGGUGAUCGUAUAUCUACAGAAGCAACUGCUAAGUUAUCUCUGGGCAGUGGCGAGACUGUCACGCUGUAUGUGCAUGGUCUGACAACUGAAAUCCAGCAGAAAUCCAUUGAUGACUAAUUUUACAGCAUUUGUUAAAAGACAGCAUAAUGUCCCGCCACCACCCAGUCGGCACUCAGCUGAGUGUAGCAAGUCUUAUGUAGAUAAUUAUGGGUAGUUAAGAAUUUGAAUAAUUCUUUGUAAAUUUUGAUUUUACAUGUAAGUGGGACCAAAAUUAUAACUUAAGAUUUUUGUUUAACACAAUGACUGAUUGAGACAGCCUUUGAUAAGGUACACACCAGUUAUGUGCUAGCCACACGCGCGUUGCACCCAAAAAUACACGACUAUAGCGUGAGCCGCAGUCAUCGUGUUGAUUUCGCAUAUAUUACAAGGGCUGUAGACGACGUACUUUUAUAGUCGUUAACGCUAAUAGAAAGAGAAGAAUACAUUUUAUUAGCGAUAGCCAUCGUAGAAAGACAUCUUGGCCGCAGCGAUAUGCUACACUAUCAAAAAAUUAUAAAUAUGCAUUCAAACAUAUUUGAUUGUAACAAAAGUUGUCUAAAUUAAUUAUUUCUAUGCAAUAAUUAUUUAAUUAUAAAAUAAGAUAGUGCAUUUAUUAAAUACUUGUAAAUAUUUCUAAAAAGAAUAAUUAGACAUGGAUGCAUAAAUAUUUAUAUUACGGAUAUUUUUUGGCUAAUAAUAAAUUGCUUUGCAAUUGUUUUUGCAUUAAAAGCAGAAUGAAGUUUAAUUGAUGUAUAAAGGCAAGAUUUCAAUUACAGUGGAUACUGGAUGGAUUAUCCAGACCUAAUUUCGCAAUUAUCCGUAUUGAAACUGCGAAAGAAACAUAAUUUUUUUUCAUAAUAGUAAACUAUAUUCCCUUGAGUACUAUAUACAACUUUUUAACCAGGAAAUAGCCAUCAAUGCGGGUGGAGAUGCCAGCAAAAGCUUAUUAUAAAUAAUUUAUAAUUAUACAAAAAAUCCUUUUCUUCUAUUUAAUUAUCCGGAUUUUUGAUUAUGCGAAUGCUUUCCACAAUAAUUAGUGCAGUAAAUCAAGUCUCUAUGGUGUUCACUGUAAAUAUAUUUAUAUUGGAUUUUAGGGUAGUUAUGAUACCAAGUUCGACACAGCUUAGUUUGGUCUGCCCGCCCUCAAGCUUUAGGUUAUUAGCUUUCCCAUGUAUACGAACUUUUUUUUAAAUAUGCGCGUUUUAAUCGGACAUAUAUGUGCCUAAAAAUUUUAACCGACUAUAAUAGUGUGUUUAUAGCGCGUUUCAAAUGCAUUUAAUCAAUCAGGCCGAUCGUCAUGUAUAUGUAUAAUAAUUAAUAUUGCAUAUUUUGCAAAUGAUAAUAUAUGUGCAAUAUUAUUCAGAGAUCACCUAUAAUUACUGAAAAAUAUAGGACAUUAUGUGUUGUCCAUACUCGAUCAAAUAUCGGAUCUUAAAUUUUGAUAUGUGGAAUUGUAAUAUACAAAGGU